AUGAAAACGGCAAAAAGGGAAGACGGUUCCAAUUCCGUGGACAAGAUAUCCGAGUUGCCAGAAGGUAUCUUGCAGGGAAUAUUCUCUCUCCUCUCCCAAGAAGAGGCUGUCCGAACAUCUGUCUUGUCGAAAUCGUGGCGUAAUAUUUGGUGUACUCGUCCCAAUCUCGAUUUGUCAGACGUCACAUUCAAAGGUAACAAACAACAUUUUCUCUCCGUUGUGAACACCGCUCUAGAACUGUAUCGUGAUCAAAGGCUGUGCGUAGACGAAUUUCGUCUAUGCAUAUCGGUAGGGCAUUCGGAUCACGAAAUUUUUUAUCUUCUUGAAAAAUGGGUCCGAACACUCACGAAUAUGAGUGUGAAGAAGUUUUGUCUCCGUAAUAGUUCGAAAGAUAGAAACGGGCUUGUUGAACUGCCACCUGUAGUCCUUGGAGCCGAAUCUCUGCAACAUUUGCACGUGGAGAAUUUUAUGUUGAACCGAAAGGCUAUUCGGAGGCUAGUGAUCUUCAAGCAUCUACGAUCACUUCGUCUCGAUGGAGUCUCGAUUAGCGACGAGAUUUUUAAGAAGAUAAUCUCGAGGUGUCCUUUGGUUGAAAAUAUUUGUGUCGACGAAUGUAUAGGUCUAGGAAAAAUCGAGUUGAAUAAUCUUCUUAAUCUCAAGAACUUUUAUUUUUCUGAUAUGGACGACGAGCAUAUUUGUACCAUCGAAAUCCACGCGCCGUAUUCUCUUGAAACCAUCCAUAUUCUAGAAGGCGAUAUUUGGUUCCACAAAGGAGCGGAGUUUCGUAAUCUCAACUCUUUAAAUCUGAUCGGUGUGAAAUCGUCGUUCCACCACUUGUCGUCGUGUAAAUUCCCGGUUCUUGAAACGUUUGGAAUUCGCGAUUGUGACGGGCUCAAAGAGAUUCAACUAUUUAUCGACGCACCAAAGAUUCGCUCUUUUGAUUACUGCGGAGAGUUUGUCCCAUCCAUCUCUAUAGCAACAACUUCAAGCAAGUGGAGUUCAGAUAUAAAUCUAUGGUUUCGGCAUUCGAGCGAUGCGUCUACUUUGUAUUUCCUCAAGCUAAAAGAACUGCUCAAGUCAUUAAGCCAAUCGGAAAUUUCUCUGAGUUUUCUUUCAAAUUACAUGAAUACCGAUAUGGCGCACGUGUUUCCAGAAAACAAUCAGGGACAAGAAAUAGAUGAUGGUGGUAAUAAAACUGCGGUUGUGGUGGAGAGCUUGGCAUUCGGUUGCCCUUUAUCUUCGAAUUUAUCUCUUUUAAACCGUGCGCUUAGUAUUUGUCGUCCAAGAAACAUCAAAUAUAGUUGUCUCUGCCUCGACAAAGGGGAGAGGGAAAGGAUUGAGUGUCUGUGGAAGAUUAAUUCUAAUGCAGAUGAUCAGUUCAGAAAGUUGUGGAAACGAGAUUUGGAGCAAGCGAGCUUGGAGAUUAAGAAGAAGACCGGCGGAGAAGAAGAAAAAGAAGAAUGGCGUACGAUAACUCUGUCGGAAUUGCAAAACUAUGAUGUCGAUAGUAAAAAAGAAUGUCACCACGUGAGUUUGUCGGAAUUGCUGUGGUACCAUCAAGAAAUAGAUAAAAAAGGAUGUCAUCACAUGAGUUUGUCGGACGAUCAAGAAAGAGAACGUAUUUUUACUCGCUUUGCAUUGAAAUGGAGACAAGAUGAAAACUAA